AUGGACCGAACUCACGAUGAUAUUCGUCGGCGCCCUAUUUUAACUUGGAGCGAAGUGGUCGGUAGAGAGUUGAUGGGACCUUACCGUGAGCCGGGCACUGUUGCUGAACGCCAUGAGAAGAUGAGCAGUCCUAGCCGAAGGAGGUGUGAAAAGGAUGAUGCUGAUUUCUCUCUACGCCACGCUGAGAAAUUGCGAAGAGCUACUGAACUGAGAGAACAGCUGCAAGCUGAAAAGACUGCGCGUUUGAGAGAGCUUGCUCGAAGGGUAGAAGAGGUUCGCGAGAAGCGCCAGAAAGUUAUUGAAAGGAAAAAACAGUUGUUGGAAAGUCGAAUGGAGAGGGCUCAGGAAAAUCGUGAGAAGAACAUCACUGAAAUCAUACGGCGAGCGAAAGACGAUGAGCAGAAGGUCUUGGAAGUGCAGUUCAUAAACUCAUUACAAGGUGGAAACAUGUUGUUGGAUUUGCGAAUGAGAGAUGCGGGAGUUGAAGAACGAAAGCAAACGCUAGCAGAAGAAAGAGCCAAAAGGAUGGAGGAAAAAGCAGCGAAAGAGCAUGCUGCGGAGGAAAGGCGUAAACAAGCGGAGCUGGAUCGUAUAACCCGUUUACAAGAAAUUGCUGAACGAAAAGAGGCUCGUCAUGCUCAAAUUGCAGCUCAGAAGAACGAGCAAGAACGGUUACGCAACGAGAGGCGUAAACAGCAACAAGAGAAAUUAAGCGAGCUACGAAUGGCUGAUGCUGAAGAGAACGAGUCGCUUAGAAAGCGCAUUCAGGAAAAGAUUGAGUCCUCCUCCCGUCGUCAUGAACAAACCUUAGAAGAAGUGCGAAUUCGUGCGCAAGAAUUUUCUUCGCCACGGCCACCAUCUGGUUGUAGGUGGAUGUGGUCGUUCGUUGACUGUUGUCAUUGGCCAUCGGAUUCUUGCGGGUCGAAGUUCAGCUGCAGUCUCUGUUCUUGUACUGUACGUUUUUUUUUCAUGGCAUUGUGGUACGCGUAAGA